AUGCCAAGCACUGACCCAGCGAACGUCAUUAUAAUUCAUCCUGAUCUUGGGAUUGGCGGAGCUGAGCGGCUAAUUAUUGAUGUUGCGCUGGCUCUUCAGAACAAUGGCCAUCGAGUCACAAUAUACACCUCACACUGCGACAAGACGCACUGCUUUGACGAAGCCCGCGAUGGUACACUAAAUGUACAAGUUCGUGGGAACACCAUUUUCCCAUCGAAUUUCCUCGGAAGGUUCCAUAUUCUUAUGGCAUCACUGCGCCAACUGCAUCUGACUGUGUCACUUCUGACGGAGCUGAAAUCGCGAUCUGGUGCUGAAGCGGAGGAAAAAGAUGAUAUUUUCAUUGUGGACCAGCUACCGGCAUGUGUUCCCGUGCUGAAAUCAUUUGCGCAACCUCGCAAAUCUCGGCGCCAGCGGAUUUUAUUCUACUGCCAUUUCCCGGAUCAACUGCUUGCCCGGCGAAAUGAAGGCGGGUCUCUUUUACGCUUUGCGAAGCUGUUGUAUCGAUACCCAUUUGACUGGUUUGAGGGAUGGGCAAUGAGUGCGUCUGAUCGAGUGGUUGCGAAUUCCAACUUCUCUCGCGGGGUCGUCCACGAUGUGUUUGGGGCCGACAAGCUCGGUGACAUCCAGGUUGUUUACCCGUGCGUUGAUACCAAUCCAGACAAGAGUGCGCCCACCAAACAAGAAGAUGAUGUGCUUUGGGCGGGAAAGAAGUUGUUACUCAGCAUCAAUCGCUUCGAGCGAAAGAAGGACACGGGAUUAGCUAUUCAAGCCUACCAUGGCUUGAGUCCUGAGAAAAGAAGAGGCACGCGAUUGGUCGUUGCUGGUGGCUACGACAAUCGUGUUCAGGAAAAUGUCCAGUAUCACCAAGAACUCGAUGAUCUCGCCAAAGGCCUCGGGCUGAAAACCGCUACGGCCAAGACGGUCGUCUCAGCCCUGUCCAUUCCUGAUGAGAUCGAUGUUCUCUUUUUGCUUUCUGUCCCAACAGCUUUCAAAAACACAUUACUGGCCCAGUCAAAGCUGCUUCUCUACACGCCAAUGAAUGAGCACUUUGGCAUCGUACCCGUCGAGGCAAUGCUUGCUGGUCUACCCGUUCUUGCGUCCAACACAGGUGGCCCGUUGGAGACAGUCGUCGAAGGUGAAACGGGCUGGCUUCGUGACGUCCAGGCGGUGGAAGAUUGGACGGCGGUCAUGGAAAAGGUUUUGUAUCAUUUGUCCGAGGAGGACCUUGAGCGAAUGGCCAUUGCGGGGAAGGCAAGAGUUCAUGACCAUUUUUCACUGACCGCAAUGGGUGGUCGACUCGAAGAGGAAAUAUCCAAGAUGUUGUCGGUAGACAGGCGUGCUUUCCAUGGUUGGCAGCAAGCGUCAAUUGCCCUUGCCGUUUUGGUUGCAAUUUCCGCAGUCAUGUUGGCGACGUUACUUUCGAGGCUCUAG